CGUCCACCCAGGGCGGCGCGUCCCCGAGGCCGCGGGCGGGUCGGUCCAGCAGUCUGUCGCGUGCUGCGGCGCGUCCGCGCGGUGCCAUGCCGUUCCUCGGGCAGGACUGGCGGUCCCCUGGGCAGAGCUGGGUGAAGACGGCUGACGGCUGGAAGCGCUUCCUGGAUGAGAAGAGCGGCAGCUUCGUCGGCGACCUCAGCAGUUACUGCAACAGGGAAGUAUACAAUAAGGAGAAUCUUUUCAACAGCCUGAACUAUGAUGUUGCAGCCAAGAAGAGAAAGAAGGACAUGUUGAACUGCAAAACCAAAACUCAGUACUUUCACCAAGAAAAAUGGAUCUAUGUUCACAAAGGCAGUACUAAAGAGCGCCAUGGUUACUGCACGUUGGGAGAAGCUUUCAACAGGCUGGACUUCUCAACUGCCAUUCUGGAUUCCAGGAGAUUUAACUACGUCGUACGGCUGUUGGAACUGAUAGCAAAGUCACAGCUCACAUCCCUGAGUGGCAUUGCCCAAAAGAACUUCAUGAACAUUUUGGAAAAAGUGGUACUGAAAGUCCUUGAAGACCAGCAGAACAUUAGACUAAUAAGGGAGCUACUCCAGACCCUCUACACGUCCCUGUGCACGUUGGUGCAAAGAGUUGGCAAGUGCGUGCUGGUGGGGAACAUUAACAUGUGGGUGUACCGCAUGGAGGCGAUUCUGCACUGGCAGCAGCAGCUGAACAACAUCCAGAUCACCAGGCCUGCCUUCAAAGGCCUCACCUUCACCGACCUGCCUUUGUGCCUGCAACUGAACAUCAUGCAGAGGCUGAGCGACGGGCGAGACCUGGUCAGCCUGGGCCAGGUGGCCCCCAACCUGCACGUGCUCAGCGAGGACCGGCUGCUGUGGAAGAGGCUCUGCCUGUACCACUUCUCCGAGCGGCAGAUCCGCAAGCGAUUAAUUCUGUCGGACAAAGGACAGCUGGAUUGGAAGAAGAUGUAUUUUAAACUUGUGCGGUGUUACCCACGGAAAGAGCAGUAUGGAGACACCCUACAGCUUUGCAAACACUGUCACAUUCUUUCCUGGAAGGGCACUGACCACCCGUGCACGGCCAACAACCCGGAGAGCUGCUCCGUCUCCCUCUCCCCCCAGGACUUUAUCAACUUGUUCAAGUUCUGAAUCGCAGCACGUGCCAGCGCUUCAGAAGGGGUUCCCCGAUUGGAUGGUUGGGGAUACAGAGUUUGGACACUUCAUUUGUAAAUAGUGUACAUUGGAAACAUUGGCUCAAAGCUUCUGCGAUAGGUCACGGAGAGGACGCUGGAGGGGAGAGACGCAGUCGCUGGCUGGGGAUCUAGGAGUGUGGACUUCCCGUUAGGAUUGGCAUGGAAAAACAGAAAUACUGUAAAUAAACUUUUUUCUCCCCCCUAACAAUUUGCCAGCAAGACUGUGAGGGCAGGGGUUCUGUGUCGUCGGUGAAAACGGAAUUCUCUUGGUGGUCACUGGAACUCCCGUGGAGUUCCCCAGAGAUGUGGAAGAAGGCAAACGUCGAAUACAAGACAGCACACGCUUUGUUUACAAUGUGAAAAUUUGUUUUAAAAAAGAAACAGAAAGAAGAAAACCUACAGAUGAGAAGUCCCUGGGCUUUUGGCUUUGAUCUUGGGUUAGCUUUGUAAAGGCAGCGAAGUAGCAGCCACUGUCAACCCGCACGGGCGCGCGAGGGGCCUCAUCUUACGAAGAUACCACACAAUAGUCUACCUCGGAAAGCAGGCAGUGUCUGUUCUCCUCCUUCUCCAUCCUAGGAAGAGGAUUUGCAGCGGGAAAGGAUCUGGGAGGCAGUCCUCACUGUGUUCCUUUGGAGGGGCAUCUUCGGAGUUGCCUCUGUUCUAGAACAACCCCAAAACACGUAGGUCUUUUAUCCUCUCGUGUCAUGGCUCGUUCCGGGCAACCCAAGGCCGAUCACAAACCGUCCCAGAGAUGUCCUGCCACAGAAAAGAUAGAAUUCGUCACUCCAUAGCUGUGAAGACUUUCCUAUUCCUGUUUAACUUCUCGGUGUGUCUGCUUCCCGGGGUAUCUUCAUGGAUAAGCGUAAGCGUAUCUCUGUGGACGGGUCGGAGCCAGAGUGCUGAUAGAGGCUGGUGAAGGAGGUCUGACAUGUCAGCGAAAUGUGCUACCGGCUGCCCUUCCUCUUGGCGGGUGAUGAGCUGAGUUUUCUUUUCUUUAUGCCCCACAUCUAAAGGUGGUCAGUCUGAGCUAGGGCUUCUUACGAGGGUGAUAACAUAAAGCCUGGAGUUCCAGCCAGACAGGGAACAGAAGUGCUUAGAGUUCAUCCUAAACAUGCUUUGUACCCCAGGGGAUCUGCUAGGCCACUACCAGCGGGUCACUGUGUGGGAGAAAGGAAAUCUCAGGAUGUAAUGGGUUUACUGUCAAAUAUUCCUGGGAGGGAAUGGGGGGUGUUUUUGUUUUUUACUUUUUAUAGAACUUUGCUUUUCUACAACAAUGUACAUAUUUUUGCCAUUGUGUUUGCUUUGCCUUUUUUUUGGUAAAUAAAGUUGCCACCCUGCAUGUGCUUGGAAAAUAAGUGAAGCAAAAUAGGAACUAGGUUCACAUUCACGCUGAGGAUCAGUGCGUCCUUGUGGGUUGAGGUUGGGGUGACCUGAAGAGGGGAGGACGGUUAGACGUGUACAGAAACAAGCCCGGGGACCAGCUAAUGAUGCAGGCCCCUUCGCAUCCUUCUCUCGACACGCAACUCACGCAAUUGGAAAGAGAAGCCGACUGUUCAUCAAUGCUCCUCAUUUUGCAAAGUUUGUGCCUACACCAGGGUUUCUCAGUAAUUUUUCAUGAUCACCCUCCAAGAAGAAAACACUAAAUUGAAUUUAAAUUCUCCCUAAUGAGAAAAAUUAAAUAGCAAACAAUAAAAUCUUGCUGGGUAAGACUGGGCGUUGGAGUGCCACAGAUCAUUGCAAUACUGGGAGGUGUCUUUUGCUCUCCCGUCCCCACCAAAUCAAGGUCCCGUUGAGAAGGCAGGGCCUACACUGUGGAAUUAAAAGGCUUCCGUGAUUUAGACAGCUUUUCUCAAAUGUCUCGGCUUUCUUUAAGAUGUCGGGUGGAGCUCUGGAGCCUUGGACUGUCUAUAAUUUUAGGGUGAGGUGUUCAUGGCCUUCCACAUCUUCCCACCGAUUCGUGACCUCUGCCCCUUCGUGUUGAUCAAGGUGGGGGAGCUCCUGGGCACCUUCAGGUUGGCAGUCCCAGAAAUGCCACCUGAUCUGAACUAUCGGCACAAAGCUGGCGAGCCAGCCUCGGGUGGGCUGUCUGAAAUGUUUGUGACUGGUCCUCGUGCCCCAGGCAGCAAGGUGCACGUGUGCAGAGUGACCCCUACAAGCGACAGGGUUACGGUUUUCUGAGCUGUUCGCCUGUGGCGCCUCUGGGCUCUCCCAUCCCCUCUGGCGUCACUGGAGGGGGUGUGCAGCAGAGUCCAGGGAAAUUUUUAAGGAAAACGAAACCCACACACGUGGUUCUCUUUCCUUGGAAGAGGAGAAUAAGAAGGAAAUGGCAGGUGGAGAGGGAGAGGGAGAGGAAUGGGAACGGCAUCUCUCUGAAGCGGGCGCAGUGAGGGGAUGAGCACAGCGUUCCGAGCACUGUGGGCGCCACGUGGUGGGGUGACACGUGACCGGAGCCUCACAGAGAAGAAAAGACAGGUCAAAAGAAAAUUCGUGUUCCCUGGGCAUUAAUCAUCUAGAACAUGUCUAGACAAACCCUCCCGGGACAACAUGCCCAUAGAGAACAAAAACACAGAAUCCCUGUCUCAGAACUGCUGGUCUAAAACCCAGAAGGGACAUGACCGUGGAAAUUGCUGGAAGAGACAGAACACUCUACUCCCUUUGCUGUACUCAGCGACCCCCACCCCAACCCUAUGGCGUAGCAUUUGAAACUGAUGAAUUCACUUGAACUACUACAAAAUGCAAGAGUUUUGUCCAGGGUAGUGUGAGCAAAUCCACAGGGGUGUUAUCCUUUAUUCCAACUCAACGGUGUAUGAGCAAUGAGCCUAGAGUUUCUUGACAAUGAAGUACAACAACAUUUGAGGGGAGGAGAACACGCGGAGCUUAGGAGUGUUCUCAGUAUAGCAUGAUCUGGAAAAAAGUCUAAUGACGUCUUAAACUAGAGUGUGUUAUUACUCAGUGCUGUUACUUUGAGCAGAUGGAUCAGUCGCGUGGGAGGGCGAGUGACAGAAACUUCAAGGUGUCAGUUAUGCGAUGACAUUUGUUUAGUGAUGAUCAAUUUUAUCUUGGAGUGGCUCCGAAAAUAUUUUAGAUGAGCUGGGUCUAUGCUGCAAAACUACACAAGAGCAGCCUUUACUUGGAUGGUGAAGUAAAACAAGGGUGUAUUGCAUUAUUGCCACAGUUGUCAUUUUUAUGGACUCAAAACCUUUUUCAUUAGCAGAGGAUCCUUGCUCCUGUCACUUUGGGUGCAGAGAAAGAGUCUGGAGUUUCAUUUGUCUGAGCAAGUGGUAUGAUGUAUAGGAAGGUCAAUCAUUUCAAGACAUGUUUAACGGUGUAUCAUCCUUAGCGCUCAAUACAAUGUUUAUCAUAAAAUAUGCACCUGAGUUUAUAUUUUUCUACCAGGCUGUAGGGCAGUAAUGUCUUGCUAUGCAAACACUCUGUUUUAUGCGUGAAUUUUUUUAACUGUAAUUUUAUGUGUGAUUUUUUCUAACUAUAUCAUCAGUUUCCAUGUUGACAUCUGUUGUUUUGUGUGUGUGUGUUUUUAAUCUGUUUCCAACUCUCUGAGUCUGUGAACCAUCCCUUCUGACUGGAUGCUGGCCUAAAAUCCUAUUAGUGUUUAAACAGACCUCAGAAACACCCUGAACCUCUAGGCAGAUGCAGGCAUGUGACUCUUUGAUAUAUCUUUGGGCCCUUGAUGUCUUCAACAAACAAGAUCGUAAUUCCUUUAAACUCGUUUUCUGUAGAUGCUUUCUUCUCUGUUUUGUUAAGGAAAGUAAACCCCCCAUGGUUUUCCAAGUGAAGGAAAUUCUUACCCAAGACUUUAGUGCUGGAAGGGAAGUUAGAGAUGUUGGAGUCUGGUACUUCCUUUGCCUUUUAAGAUAAGGUAGUUAGGUUCAGAAUAUUCAGGGGACAUGUCUCUGCCCUCUUGGUACUCAGUGGUGGACCUGAACAUAAACCUGGGACUUUCUGAGGCCUUGACUCUGUGCCCCCAGCCCCAACACCUGGAGACACAUGACACCAACCUAAUUCUUCUCAAGACCUUCCCUGUGGAAAGCGAGCGUGAGGGUCCAGUGUUGGGCGUCCAGCCAUUAACUUUUCCAAACGUUUCAAGUGCCUGAAUCUUCCUGGAGAAAUUCAGGAGCCACUUAAUAUUUUUACAGACCUCUGACUGUUGUGAGUACAGCAUUCUAGUGAGCGCAACCUGCUGGCCAUAAAGUAAGCAGCAUGUUUUGACAAAUUCAUUUUUUCCAUGGGUAUGUACGUUUAAAUUACAAAGGUGGCCCUUAGGACAGAUAAUGGCGAAGUAGCUUGCUUUCUAGAAACUGAGGUUCUGAAGAUUACCAAGAGACAUUUCCUCUCCCCUUACUAAGAGGUACAUUUAAUCCAUCCCCUCCAUGUCCCUGUCCUCGAGUACCAGCGGUGGAUCCAUCCUGUGAGCUUCUCUCCCACGGCAGUUUGCUCUCUGCUAAACCUCAUCUCUACUAAGCACGAGGGGAUUCUUCCAUGAGGCAGCAAGGAGCAAGGAACCACAAUAUUCAAGACUCUGUCUAUGGGACAUUUUCAAAGCAUCCUUGAGCUCACUCAGCAAACAAAACGUCCUGAAAAAUCAACCUUAGGCCCUGCUCCAUUUGGCCAAAAAUGGAUGGCUGCUCCAAAACUCUGAACUUCUUGAAACUCCAUCUGCUACAUUACUUCUCGAGUUUGAACGUGACUUGUUCUGUCUUUGAGGAUAGAAGUGUUUGUUUAAUUAACGACACACAAGUCUGUUCGACAGAAGGCUCCAAGAUGUGCUCUAUCCUUGGCACUCCUGGUGCCAUCUUUAUUCCACCAAGUGCCAAUCACCCUGGCUACAGGGAGUAAUUCAAGUCCAUGUCCUGAGCUUAGAGUCUUUACCUUUUUAAUGAAAAACAGUAGAGAGGGUUGAACAUUGUAACUAAAAGUGUAAGAUCAGACCAAUUACAUGCAAACGUGUUUAUUUAAUAUUGUAUGAGCUGAGUCCAUCUGUGGGAGUUAUUUGCACACUUAUCUUGCAUGAUGAACUGACUUUUUUAUAGUUGUUUGUACCAGACGGUGGCAUAUUUUUGUAAAAAUUUUUGACACUGAAUUGCAAUAAAUGUUUUUCCAACAACA